UUUUCAUGCCCUGUCAAAUGUAUCUUUACAUGUUCUAGAAAGUAUGAGUUUGCAAGAUUAUAUGAGAAUACGAACUACACGGAAACCCUACUCUCUUCAAUAUCUUAUACAGGUUUACGGGACUAGUUCGUUAUACCAGGAUACUACUCUACACUGUAAACAUGGAUUAUCAUUAACUCUACCUAAACUAAUAGUAGGGUUGAUUUUCCCCGCUUUGGAGACUUCGUUGCAAUUCCAACAGAGCUUGGACAAUUUUGUUCUUCUACCUGACUAUACCCUAGCUCAGGUUCGACACCUUGUGUUUGGUGAAGAGAAGCAGGAGGUCCUAGAUCAGGAGGACCAGGAUAUCCUUGUAGAGGAGCAGGACAUGGAGGAGGAGGAGAACGAGGAAGAAGAGGAAGAAUUAGAAGAUCCUCUUCAAACAGAAGAUGUAAAUUUCCUUUUAUCCAAGACUGAAAAUAACAGUUCUGAACAUCUGACAGAAAGAUAUACACGUAAAGCGUACAAAGGAGAGAUUUAUCCUGGAGAAUAUCCAUACAAAUGCACACUCUGUCAUAAAAAGUUUAAGCAGGUUGGACAUUUAAACCACCACGAGAGAAGUCAUACAGGAAACCGGAAGUAUCCCUGUGAUGUGUGCCACAGACGGUUUCUUCAGAAAUGUCACUUGAUAGAUCACAUGAGAAUACAUUCCGGGGAGAAACCUUUCGCCUGCAAUGACUGUGGUAGAAGUUUCACAUUUAGUUCUGGACUGAAGUCCCAUCAGCGGACUCACAGUGCUGAGAAGCUAUACCAGUGUGGCAUCUGUGAGAAAACAUUCAAUCAAAAACAAAACCUUAAAACACAUGAAAGACUACAUACAGGAGAUUUAAAAUUUAUGUGCGAAGAGUGUGGAAAAUGCUUUAACACAAAAAGUAACCUGAGUCGACAUAUUUGCAGAUCGACAAAAGAUCGGCGAGAGAUCGACGAGAGAUCGACUAGAGAUCGGCAAAUAAAACCAACUUUCAUCUCCAAUUGGCCAACGGAUCUUAUGCUCACGUGAACUUCAUCAAACUGAUUUAAUAACCGGCCAAGCAAUAUUAAGAUCAAACCCGUGUAAAUUAGAUUAAUCUCAUAUUCUUGCCAAUAUUGUGAUAUGUUUUCUAUAUAUAUAAAGUAAUAAUCAAGUUCUGUUUGUUUGUAUGUCUGAUGGAAACUCUUAUCCAAAAUGCAUAAAAUUUUAACUCAA